AUGAGGGAGCACCUUCUAGCUUCGUCACCGCCCGUGACUUCGGGGGCUUCUCAGCCGCAGCCAGCAGGUUCCACCACCAUCUCACAAGCUCCAUCUACAUGCUCUGCCACGCCAGAAGACGGCAAUCUACAGUUUGCGUUCGAGAUCGAUCGUGUGCCAAAACUUCCCGACUCGCCGCCACAUUCUACAAAUCAAGCACCUCGACGUCGAAGGCGAAGCUCGACAACUUCCCGCAGAGGCUCCAACUCGAAAAGCCAGAGCCCGAAUGGAUUCAACAAUUGGGAAGCCUUCUACACCUACUACAAGGCCAAGAUCGAGGCCAGACGGCGUACCGUUGUGGAAGAGCUCAAGCUCGAGGCCCACAUAGCGGCCUUGUUCACCCCACCCACGUCCUACAACGGCAGCGAACGCGCGUCGGCCAUCGACGGACGUCUCUUCUUGGGCAGCGCCUGCUCAGCGCAGGAUCCGCUGUGGUUGCAGGAAAAUCAGAUCACCCAUAUACUCAACGUCGCCGACGAGGUGGGACUCAAUGAAACCGUGCUCCAGGGCUCGGGCAUCGUAUACCGCUGGCUAAGCAUUGCCGACCAUUGCGAGUUUGACAUUCGCGGCCAGUUCGACGCCGCCUUCGAGUUCAUCCUUUCGGCUUACCAACUGGGCGGUCGUGUCCUCGUGCACUGCGCCGCUGGCGUGUCUCGUUCGGCCACCAUCGCGAUCGCCUUUAUCAUGCACUACGAGAAGCUGCAACUGAGAGAGGCCCUCUUGCUGGUGCGUGAGAAGCGGCCCUUCGUGUACCCCAACCGAGGCUUCUUUGUGGCGCUAUUCAACUUCGAGGAGGAGCUCUUCUCUGCGAACAGCCUCCCGCGAACCGCCCUCGACGUGCACGAGGAGGCCUUGGCGUGA